GCUGCAGUGUGGGCACACUGUAUAACGUACUUGGUCUGGGGGGUUUUCCUUCUUGAAUAUGAAGGCUGGUGUCAUUUGAGUACUAUGGCCAGUCUGCAAUAUUAGAAACUGCAGCAGGUUUUUUUUUUUACUUUUCAUAUUUGACUAGGUGCCAUGUUUGUCUAGUGAGAUCUUUAAGUAGGCCUAUAACUAGUUUGAUGCCAAUGUUCUUGGUUGAAUACAGGAUUCCUAUACACAGCUCUGUUUAUGCUGCAGUAGUGUUGCUUCCCCCGAAGUGAAAGUGCAGAGUAAAUCUCCACUGGCCUAUAUGUCAGUUUCCGGCCAGUAACUUGAAACUGCAACCAUCAGGUGUUUGCAGCAGUAAAAAAAAAAAAGCUACACUGUUCUUACCACUUACUACCAAUUUAAAUUUUAGCCAGUGGCCUUAUCCCAAAGUAACAUGGCUAAAGUUACUACACAAUGAUCUGACUCAAUACUGCCCCUUGCGGUUGACUCUUGUAAUCUCAAUGAGUGGACGGUGCCACCGUAUCCCGAGAAAAGGGAGGUUAUAUUUGGUCGUUAAAUUUAGUUUUGUGCGACUUAGUCUUUAGCAUGAGAAGUCCGUUCACCAGACAUCAAGAAAGUCUGUAUAUUCAACGUUGCGGCUUCGUUCAUAAUGUCCACUGCAUAGUUACCUUGUCUUGAUCCAGAUAAAAUGAUCCGGAAUGACGACAUAUGUGACGCGACUACCAUCGUCAAAUAUGGCUGACGAAGAAAACACAAACAUGGAAGUCGAUAAGGAAAAUAAACCUUCUCCCCACAAAGUUAAACCAAUAGAGGACGAGGUUACACGAAGAAAAGACAUCCAGAACAGUGUCGAAGACGAGAAAGACGUUGGGGAAAGCCGCGCCACUACGGAGUACUGCGAGAAGCUUCAGGCAUGGAUGUGGCAGUACUAUUCGGGAUAUGUGAACUGGCAGAGCUGGUUGGCAGCUCCAGCCAUGUCCUACCCUUAUUUACAGUCAACCAGCGGGACGUCGAUGGCGUUGCUUGAUUUCAACUCUCAGAAUUGGUAUAACAGUCCGUUUGGUCUUCCGCUGUCGCCUUAUCCACCUUCCGUCACCUCUGAAAGCAGCGGGGCUGCAGUGCCAGCUCAGCCGCAGCCGCCGCAGGAGAAUGGGAAUGCACAGAGACCAGGUCGAGAGUACAGCAUUCCUUCACCUCUUCAAAGACUACUGGCUGAGAUGGUGGAUUUCCUCAUAUUAUUUUUCAUCAAAGCAACUAUAAUCAUCAGUAUUAUGCACCUCAGUGGAAUCAAGAAUGUUUCCAAGUUUGCCAUGCAUUUCAUUGUGGAAGAAAUUGAUGAAGACACAUCCAUGGAGGAGCUACAGAAAAUGAUGCUUGUUGCCCUUGUGUAUCGGAUAUUGGUAUGUUUUUAUGAGAUUGUCUGCAUUUGGGGAGCAGGAGGGGCCACUCCGGGGAAGUUUCUCAUUGGACUCAGAGUUGUUACCUGUGACUCCUCCGUUCUGGUUCAGCCUAACAGGGUGCUUGUAGUGCCAGCAACAAAUGUCUCUCUGUCUGCAUCGACUGUCCGAGCUUUGAACAAGAAUUUUUCAAUUGCCUUCUUUUUCCCUGCCUUCAUCACCCUUCUGUUCUUUCAGCACAAUAGGACUGUGUAUGAUAUGGUUGCUGGUACAAUUGUUGUCAAGCGCUCCAGAGCUAGAUGACAAUGAAGAGCCCAGAAGAGAAUCCUAAAGUAAUGCUGUGCAGACACUGUGUGAUGUUUUUUUUAUGUCUGCAGAACUUAGACUGCCCUUUCUGAACACGCAGGAGCAUAAAGACAGGCAGAGAGUUUGAACAUCAGUAUGAACUACUUCACUUCCUUGUAACUUGCAUAUGGUUUGUUUCUGGCACUCACUGUUGUUUCUGCACGUGUGUCAACGUGCUGCUUUCAGAAUCUGUUCUUGUGCCAAAUUUGUGUUUAUUUAAGACAAGCGCACCUUUGCAUUACCGCAAGAUUUGCCUCUUUUUGAGCAAACGUCCUGAUUAAGGGUGAAGAUUGUUAAUCCUGCAUACAUAAGAUAAUACCUUCAGUAUCUAUUUGUAUUAAAAAUUUGUCCUAAGAGUUGCAUACUCAACGUUUUGAGAUGUUGACCUCUCACUGUAAGAGUGGUGCAUUGUGGUCAGGUUUUUAGCUGCUGAAGUGUUUUGGCUUAAAGGCACAUUUAAAUGUAUUGAAGGGGAAUGUAACCCUGAACAUAAGUGUUCUUUCUUUACUCUGACAGCAUGUGUGUGACUGAAAUGUUUAUGCGUUAUGCUUUUUAUGUGAUUAACUGGUUUUUGCAUUUAAGAUUAAAUGAAAUCAUCCUGCUUUCCUACAUGUUUGACAUGUCUACUAUUUGAUCAUUCAAGUGUUAUGUUUUGUUAACUUAAACUGUGUUAACCCAACAUGCCAUUAUAAUUAAUAUUAUAAUGCAUACACAUUAGUUUAUGCUGUAACAAGAAAUAAUUUUCCUUAGUAAGUCAUUACUUAAUUAGGAAAAAGAAUCACAUUCCAAGUAAAUAUAUUUUUGAGGUUUCUAGCAGUGUUCUUGUAGAAUCUAUGCAAAGGUGUGUUGACAUUCUGGAAGUUUGUAGUGGCCUAAACCACUGAAGAGACUUUUUUAUUUUUAUUU